UUAUCAUGCGCCUGGGCCUCGGUCUCCACGUGGGUUUGGUGGAAAAACGCGGCAGUGGGGAUCAUGGCGGGAGCCGAGCCUGGGGACGCUGCAGGAGCCGAGGCUUCGCAGCCCCAGAAGCGCUACUACCGGCAACGUGCUCACUCCAACCCCAUGGCGGACCACACACUGCGCUACCCUGUGAAGCCAGAGGAAAUGGAUUGGUCUGAGUUAUACCCAGAGUUCUUCGUUCCACCGACUCAAAAUCAGAGCCACGAUGACCCGAAGGAUAAGAAAGAAAAGAGAGCUCAAGCCCAAGUGGAGUUUGCAGACAUAGGCUGUGGCUAUGGUGGCCUGUUAGUGGAACUAUCACCACUAUUCCCAGACACACUGAUUCUGGGUCUGGAGAUUAGGGUGAAGGUCUCAGACUAUGUCCAAGACCGGAUUCGGGCCUUACGAGCAGCUCCUGGAGGUGGCUUCCAGAACAUCGCCUGUCUCCGCAGCAAUGCCAUGAAACACCUUCCUAACUUCUUCUGCAAGGGACAGCUGACAAAGAUGUUCUUCCUCUUCCCUGACCCACAUUUCAAGCGGACGAAGCACAAGUGGCGAAUCAUCAGUCCCACUCUGCUUGCAGAGUAUGCCUACGUGCUGAGAGUUGGGGGCCUGGUAUAUACCAUAACUGAUGUGCUAGAGCUACACGACUGGAUGUGCACCCAUUUUAAAGGACACCCCCUGUUUGAGCAUGUGCCUCUGGAGGAGCUGAGUGAAGACCCCAUUGUUGGACAUCUGGGCACCUCAACCGAGGAGGGAAAGAAAGUUCUACGCAAUGGGGGAAAGAAUUUCCCAGCCAUCUUCCGAAGAAUACAGGAUCCCACCCUCCAGGCGGUUACCCCCAAUCCCACCCCUCCUGGUCACUGACUGCUUACCUUGCCUUAGCUGGACUCCAUUUUCCAGGGACUAGAAAAAAAAUCAAGCCCCCUGGAACUUCCCAGCUGAGACUGCUGGGCCUGAGAGGCAAAAGUCUUUCAAAGAAGUUGGGGAACUACCCAGGGGCAGAAUCCUGGUUUUCACAACUAUCCCUGCCUCCUUUCACCUUCCUGCCCCUCCACUGCCAGGAGAAAGCUGAAGAAGCUGACUGGGAAGAUCAGAAGACCUUGGACAAGAAGAGACGUUUGGCGGGGGUGUGGGGUCUUGCUCUCCCUUAGCACUCUCUUCCCCCUCUGGGGUCUCUCCUCAGCUGGAGUGGGGAAUGCAGUUCUCCACUGUCCAUCUAAACUGCCUGCUAGGUUCAAGUCACCUGUCCACUUGUGUGUCCUUUGCAAUCCUGGGGAGAACGUAUAUGUGUGCACAUGCCUGUGCUCCUGUUCCUCAGAGAAGCCGAGAAUGAGUAUCAGAUGCUUUCUCCCAUCCUCUCUGCCUAAGAUUUGACCUGAGGAAUUUGUACUCCCUUUAUUGUGGCUGGAGAGUCCCAGGGAGGGGGUGGGGUUGGAGACCCUUUCCUUUUUCAUGUUGACCCUUCAUUCCAGAGCUUCAGAGCUGACUGGCUGGCACAGCCUGAUGGGGAUGGGGUCGGGGAGUGAGGAGCCCAGAAAGAAAUAAGGAUUCUAAGGCUAAAAGUGGAAAGGGGCUAACUAGAAAGCCCCCCAAAGGGGAUGAAAUCUGUUGGAGAUUCAGAGUGUUCACUUAACCUUUCCUCUGUCCAGCAGCCCAAAG